AGGUGAAUAUAAAGUCCAGACAGAACAGAUCGCAGACAUCUGGCCUCAGCACAAGAUCAUCCUGAACAUCUCUACGCACUGAGGACACAACAUGGACACAAGAGCCUCCCUCUCCAUUCUGCUGCUGCUGUUUGGCAUCUCCCAGGCGUCUCCUCUCAUGGUAAGAUCCAAUCUAGUCUCUCUCUCAAAUUAUUAACACUCCUCAAAUGAGUUGUUUUAAACAUCUCUAUUUCUACCACCAGGAGCAGAUGUUUGAAGGCGUAUUUGUAUCAGAGCCUGAAACUGUGGACAUCACCACACGAAUUUUGGACACCAACAAUGGUCAGGCACCUUGUAGAUUUCUAUAAAGCCAGUAAAUGGUCACAUUUCCAAAAAGUGAUUGAGGCUUUGUGUUAUUUCAUCAAUAUGUUUCUCUUUAAAUACAGGAUCAUCUGAAGUCUUGAUUGAAGGAGAUCUGGUCUUUCCCAAAACCAGAAAUGCUCUCUACUGCUUGAACAACAACUGUUUCUGGAAGAAAAACGCGAACAACGUAGUGGAGGUCCCGUACAUAGUGAGCGCUGAAUUCUGUACGUGAAUCUCCUUCAUUCGUUGAACAUAACUAUGAUUCAUUUAGAUGCCAUUUUAAACCCGUGGAACCUUUUGUUUGCAGCCAAUUCCGACAGAUCUGUGAUUGCGAACGCCAUGUCAGCCUUUCAUGCCAAAACCUGCAUCCGCUUUGUGGCCAGAUCAUCUCAGACUGACUACAUCAGUAUUGAGAACAAAGAUGGGUGCUUCUCUUCUCUAGGUAGAACUGGUGGCAAACAGGUGGUCUCCCUCAACAGGCAAGGCUGUGUGUACACUGGCAUCGCUGAACAUGAGCUGAAUCAUGCCCUGGGCUUCUACCACGAGCAUACCAGGAGUGAUCGUGACAAAUACGUCAAAAUCAACUGGGAGAACUUGUCUGCUGAUAUGUCCUACAACUUCGAGAAACAGAACACCAACAACCAAAACACUCCAUACGACUACGACUCCAUCAUGCACUAUGGAAGAACAGCCUUCGCCGUCCAGCCUGGGCUGGAAACCAUCACUCCCAUUCCUGAUGCAACUGUGGAAAUCGGACAGAGGCAGGGACUGUCCAACAUCGAUAUUCUGAGGAUCAACAAGCUAUAUGGAUGCUAAAGAUGAGUUUUAUGUGUACAUGGUGUGUCGGAUUAUCUAAUGUACUUUAUGUUCCCAUAAAAAAAUAAUAGAAUAAUGUGAUCUUUGUCAAUUAACUGUGUUAAAUUUCUGUAAUAUGUGGCUGAGUAGGAAGAAAUUCAAGAUAAUAAAAAUACUGAACAAACAGUAAAAUGUGGAUGUUUUUAUCUUUAACCGUUUCCUCACCAUUAACAGAAUUUUCCAUCAUUUAUGAGACAAUGCUGUCCUGCCAUUGACAGAAUUUCCUGGCUUUCCCUGUUUUCACUGUUAAAUGGUAGAGGGCAUUAUUACCCAUUUUUUAUAAUAGUACUGAAUCUCCUGAUCAAAACAUGUAAAGAAGAAGCAGAAACAAGUGGUAGCAUAUGUAAGCAGAUACAUAUGUAAAAUAAAACGAUCAUCAAUAUUAAACAGCAUAUAAAUCAAAACUGCCUAAGGUCGCUAAAUAAAAUGUCGACCCAGAAUGAGCUAUAGGACUGCCCUAGUGAAAAAUAAAUAUACUUAAUUAUAUUUAAAAUACAUUUGUUUCAUAAUAAGUAUUCUAAAAAACACAUUGACGUGUCUAUGUACUAACUUAAAAAACAAACAAACAAACAAAAAAAAAAAAACACUGUAAAUGUAGUUAUUUCUUCGUACACUACAAAUUCAUUUGUAAAGUAGUAGACCUUUCACAAAUGCAUAUUGGGGAAGGAUGAAAUAUAUUCAAGAAAGCACACUAGCUAGGUUCUUAAUCCCAUCUACAACAUGUUUGAAAAUUGUUAAACUUGAUUAUCAUGAUGUUCU